AUGGCUUCUGCAGACAGCUGCCGCUUGCACAUCCAUGCGCGCCUCUAUCACCGUCGCAAGACGGACAAGCCUGCGGCGAUCAGCACAUACUGGGAGAAAGCGGGCUACUGCGACCAGUCAGACCUCCGAAGACUUGCGGCCCCCGUGGCAUCCUGGAUCGCCUAUGGCCCGCAUGGUCGGAUUCCAAGAGUUGAAGAGUUCCAGCUCUUGACGAAGUUCCUGGACAAGAUGGAUGGUGGGCUGUUGCCAUCUCGAUUGCGCGCUGUCCUGUCUGAGAUGUUCACAGUGCUCGAAUCGUUUGCCAGGCCGGACAAUGAGGCUUGGAAUAAGGCCGAGAAGCAGCUGGAAAAGAGCUAUCGGAAGCUGCACCGACGCUGCAUGGAAUCCGAAACGGACGCAGGGGUUGUCGCCAUGGAUGACGAUAUCGUUGAUGCUGAGCUGAGAGCUGAGGCGGACGAUUCCGGCACUCCCUGUACAUCUGACCAGUUUGAUCAACACCUCACGUUGUUUCGCAAGAUGAACGAGUGGGGCUUUCUGGACAAUGCUCAGAAGCUGGAGCGCUUGCAGCAGGCCGAGGAGGCAUCCAGAUGCUCACGGAGGAGCUUGAGCCAGGCAGAGCUGGCAGAUGUCCUCAACACGGCGGCAGCUUGUCUUGCAGCUCCGCGGAGACCUGCGAAGCUACAUGAUGCUCAUGCCAAAGACCUAGGCGAAGUCAGUACUGCGCCGGAAUCGCAGGAUCCGACGGUGGAUCUGCAAAAGCGAGUUCGGUCGUUGUUUCUGCAUGCUCUCCGAAUUUGGCAGACGAACCACUUCGACUGUCAAGCCAUCGAGCAUGUCCUGGACUGCGUGCAGCAGAAGAUCAACAAGUUCGAGAGCAAGGUUGGAGAGAUUCAAGGCGCUGCUGCGGGAAAGGCUUGGCUGAAAAUCAAGCAGAUGGUCGAUGAGCUGCUGCUGCGGGUAGAGGCGCCCUCGAACCUGCAUGCGAAUGGUGCAAGGAAUUCCCGAACCAAAGCGGCUCAGAAAGCCAAAACAAGACUGGAGCGCCAGAGCGGUAUCCAGAAUAUUACCUGGGUUGUGAAGGACGCAAGUUGGAAAUGCCAACGAUCCUAUGGAAAGGGUGCUAUCCGCAGACAGAAAGCUCGCUUCUUUCCGAUUUCCAAGUUCCUUGGGCAGGGCCUCGGCGAGGAGGCGGCUGUCGAGGCCGCACUGCAGGAAGCCAAGGCCUAUCGCGAGGAGCUCGUGCGCCAGGGCAAGUUGAAGCCCCCGAAGCCGAGACCCCCACGCUCAACGGUGAGGGGGGUCUCUUUUCACAAGGGCCACCAAAAGUGGCAGGUGCGGUUGUACCAUGCCGUCGAAAAGAAGACAGUGUGCUGCGGUUCCUUCGAUGGCAAGGAGGAAGCCGAGGUCAAAGCCCGGAAGAUGGCUGCGCAGCUCGGGGUUCGACCCGAGUACGAGGUGACGCCGGCCAAGAGAAGCAGGGCUGAGGUGUAG